AUGGCUCCACCGGCGGAACACAGUGGCGACUCCUCAACCGGAGAGUCUCAAAGAUCAACUCCGACACCGUUUAUCACCAAAACGUACCAGAUCGUUGAUGACCGAACCAUCGACGACGUCGUUUCAUGGAACGAAACUGGAACAUCGUUCGUCGUUUGGGACCCUGCCGUUUUCGCGAGGGAUUUGCUUCCUAAAUAUUUCAAGCACAAUAAUUUCUCCAGCUUCGUUCGGCAACUCAAUACUUAUGGAUUUAAAAAAGUUGUGCCUGAUCGGUGGGAAUUCUCUAACGAAUUCUUUCGAAGAGGUGAGAAACGCCUUCUAUGUGAUAUUCAGCGACGGAAGAUCCUUUCGAAAUCGCCGUCGACAGUUAUCAAUAGCAGUGCAACCGCGACAGUAGCGGUGGUGUCAUCUCCUUUGCAUUCUGCAAAGCCGAUUGUAUCACCGUCAAUAUCGGGAGAGGAGCAGGUGAUUUCUUCGGAUUCAUCGCCGUUUGAGCAGGCGACGCUAUUAGAAGAAAACAAGAGGCUUAGAAAGGAGAAUAUGCAGUUAACUGCGGAAAUAGAGGACAUGAAAUCCCUCUUCAAUAAUAUAUUCAAUCUUAUGUCUAAUUAUGCCAAAUUUCAAGGAAAAAAGUGUUGCUCGACGGCAACAAAGACGGUUAGUAUAUCGCCGGGGAAGCGGUAUGGGGUUGAAGAUGCGGCGGAGAUGGUGGUGGAUGAUAAUUACCCGAAACUGUUUGGGGUGGCGAUAGGUAAGAAGCGAGCGAGAGAAGAAGGAAAGUAUGUUGAGGAUAAUACAGUGUUUAGCCUCAAUCAAUUUGAUUUACAGAACUCUGUAAAGAGAAAUACAAUGUGCUAA